GGGGCUGCGCGGUCUUCGGGCGUCGGCCGAGCGCGCGCGCCGAGCCUCGGACUGACCUGCCCCACCCGACGCCACGGAGACGUCAGUGACGAGCAGCAGCCCAGGCUUGGAAACGGACGGACGGACAGGCGGACGGCGUCCAGUGCGCGCGGCAGGAGGGAACAGACACCCGCAGCGCGGACAGGAGCCAGACCUGCAGCCUCCGGACGUCGGCGCCAUGAACGACAGCGACAACGCCACUCUGCUCUUCAUCCCGUCCUCUCUGCAGCCGGACAACUACACCCUGUCGCCCAACGCCAGCAGCCCGAGCCCCGGCCCGGACUUCUCCGGCGCUCCCACCCCCUCCCCCAGCGCCGGCCCCAGCCCCGGGCUCAGCCUCGGGCCAGGUCCCAGCGUCAGUUUCAGCCCCAGCCCCGCUCCGACUCCGGGGCCCACGACCAGCGGCUUCGCGGGCAGCCCGGGCCCUUCCCCGUUCCCUCGGCCCUGGGUUCCCCACGAGCCCCCCUUCUGGGACACGCCGCUGAACCACGGACUGAACGUGUUCGUGGGCGCAGCCCUGUGCAUCACCAUGCUGGGCCUGGGCUGCACCGUGGACGUGAACCACUUCGGGGCGCACGUCCGGCGGCCCGUGGGCGCGCUGCUGGCCGCGCUCUGCCAGUUCGGCUUCCUGCCCCUGCUGGCCUUCCUGCUGGCGCUGGUCUUCUCGCUGGACGAGGUGGCCGCCGUGGCGGUGCUCCUGUGCGGCUGCUGCCCCGGCGGCAAUCUCUCCAACCUCAUGUCCCUGCUGGUGGACGGCGACAUGAACCUCAGCAUCAUCAUGACCAUCUCCUCCACGCUGUUGGCCCUGGUCUUGAUGCCCCUGUGUGUGUGGAUCUACAGCCGAGCUUGGAUCAACACCCCUCUGGUGCAGCUGCUGCCCCUAGGGGCAAUCACUCUGACUCUCUGCAGCACUCUCAUCCCCAUUGGGUUGGGCGUCUUCAUCCGCUACAAAUACAACCGGGUGGCUGACUACAUUGUGAAGGUUUCCCUGUGGUCUCUGCUAGUGACGCUGGUGGUCCUUUUCAUAAUGACCGGCACUAUGCUAGGACCUGAGCUAUUGGCAAGUAUUCCUGCAACUGUGUACAUGAUAGCGAUUGUCAUGCCUUUGGCAGGCUAUGCUUCAGGCUACGGCUUGGCCACUCUCUUCCAUCUCCCACCCAACUGCAAGAGGACUGUGUGCCUGGAGACAGGAAGCCAGAACGUGCAGCUCUGCACUGCCAUCCUCAAACUGGCCUUUCCGCCUCGGCUCAUAGGAAGCAUGUACAUGUUUCCCUUGCUCUAUGCCCUUUUCCAGUCUGCAGAAGCAGGGAUUUUUGUUUUAUUAUAUAAGAUGUAUGGAAGUGAGAUAUUGCACAAGCGAGAUCCUCUAGAUGAAGAUGAAGACACAGAUAUUUCUUAUAAGAAACUAAAGGAAGAGGAAAUGGCAGACACGUCCUAUGGCACAGUGAAGGCAGAUAACUUCAUCAUGAUGGAAACCACUCAGACUUCUCUCUAAACCUGGAGACACGCAGGAGCGCGGUCCUGCUGCAGCAUCACUUCCUAUUUACAGUCUGUGUUUGUGUACAUGGUUUACAUAAAGGAUAACAAUUGGUUCAUGUUAUAUACCUGUAACAGUUUCGGUCUUCCCACUGUAAGGUUGCCUGGGAGUGUCCACCAAGCGUUUUCACAAGUGACCGGUCAGUGUCGUGCAGUGACUCGCACCUGGGACUGCUGAAGCCUGAACAAGUCAAAUGUGCUAUUAGGUUUUAACCAUGACCAAUUUCUAUGACUGUUUCAAAUAUGUAAACUCUUAGAAAACAGGGUCUUGGAGAUGUAGAAUUUUGGUGCACUAUCUUAUAUUAGUAAAAAAAAAAGCUAUAUUUGUAAAGCAUAAUUGAGUUUAAUGUAAUCGUUGUAAAAAAAAGUGUGCUAGCUCGACUUACAAAUACUUCACAAUGUUGAAAUUUGACCCGUAUUUAGAAAAAUCCCCAAACAGGUCAAUUAAACUAUAUAUACUGUUUUAAGUGUCAAACCUGUUUCAAAUCAGAAAAAAAUAUAUACAUUAAUGCAUUUAUUUGAUCUAGUAUAUCUAUUGGUGAUAAACAGACAACAUUUUUCAGGUAGACAAAAGUAUUUUAUUUCCAACUGGGGACGGACAUGGUCUUCUGUAGCGAUGUUAACUCACCGCAAAUCAGUUUAUCUUGUGGGUGAUAGGAUUGGAAAAAUUUGUGGAAUCCCGUUAUCUGGAGGGAUGAUAGGAUUGGGAAAAUUUGUUGAAUCCCUUUAUCCUCCAGAUAAAGGGAUUGGGAAAAUUUGUGGAACUACUCUCCACCCUGGAGAAGAACAGUUACCUGGAGGUCAGAGUGUGAGGUGGGGCGAGUCUGAGGGGGCGGGGGCACGUGCUCCGGUGACGAGACUGUCGGCCUGGCUAUGGAUGUCCCACAGUGCUUUCCCUGCACUUACUGAAAGGGCUCAGUGGGUGGGUAGACUUCUCGGAGCACCUCUGAGAUAAUUAAGUAACCUAUAACCUGAGGUCAUAGAUAAGCCAACCAAAGCAGUUCCCCAAACCUUCCUAUUUUUGCUCACUAGCCAGAGGCUCCCAGCCUCGCUUCAGCUUCCUGGGCGGUGCAGACACCUGGACCAAUCAAGGUAUGGGGACCACCUGGCUCAGCUACUCCAGGUGAGAGCUCUGUCUUGUUGGAACGCUCUUCGCCUUGGGCAAACGCACUUACGAAUCACUUCGUGCAUCGCAAAGAAAGCCUCUUUCCAGAACAUCUAAGGGUAUUUGUGCGGACCGCCGGGUGCGGAAAAGUCCCACACGGACCUGAUCAGGGAG